GUUUCCUGACAGCUGCACAAUAACAACAGCAGACUCUGUGCUGUUGUGCGUUCUUCCGUUCUCUGAUUUUACCUGUAAUAUCGGUUUCCGAGUCCACCUGUCUCACCUGUCGUCUGUGCGCCCGGUCUCCAUGCGCGCUCCCGUGUGCACCGCGCUGUUGUUGUGCGUGCUGAGCGGUGCGGCGGCUCGUCAGUUCACUGAGGAGGAGAUGGCUGCUGUCAGACAGCGCAUCAAGUCCAUGUUCUACCACGCCUACAACAGUUACCUUGACAACGCCUUCCCCUACGAUGAGCUCCGCCCCCUCACCUGUGAUGGACAGGACACCUGGGGCAGUUUCUCGCUCACGCUGAUCGACGCCCUCGACACUCUGCUGGUUUUGGGAAACCGUACAGAGUUUCAACGAGUGGCGUCGCUGCUCCAAGACACCAUCGACUUCGACAUCGACGUCAACGCGUCCGUGUUUGAAACCAACAUCAGAGUUGUGGGUGGUUUGCUGUCGGCCCACCUCUUGGCAAAGAGGGCGGGGAUGGAGGUGGAGCCCGGCUGGCCCUGUUCAGGACCACUGCUGAGGAUGGCCGAGGAUGCUGCCAGGAAACUGCUGCCUGCCUUUGAGACUCCCACUGGGAUGCCGUACGGUACAGUGAACCUUCUGCGUGGCGUCAGUCCCACGGAGACGCCCGUCACGUGCACCGCCGGUGUGGGAACCUUCAUCCUGGAGUUUGCAACUCUGACUCGAUUAACAGGAGACCCGGUGUUUGAGAACGUAGCCCGCCGAGCCCUGAGAGCCCUGUGGAAGACCAGAUCUGACAUCGGACUGGUGGGGAACCACAUCGACAUUGUGUCUAAGAAGUGGGUCGCUCAGGAUGCCGGUAUUGGCGCGGGAGUCGACUCCUACUUCGAGUAUCUGGUUAAAGGAGCGAUUAUGCUGCAGGACGAAGAGCUGCUCAGCAUGUUCCAGGCGUUCGAUCGAGCCAUCCAGAACUACACCCGGUUUGAUGACUGGUACCUGUGGGUGCAGAUGCACAAAGGAACCGUGUCCAUGCCUGUUUUCCAGAGUCUGGAGGCCUUCUGGCCCGGCCUGCAGUCUCUGCUGGGAAACCUGGAGAGUGCUGUGAGGACUUUCCAGAAUUAUUAUUCAGUGUGGAGACAGUUUGGAGGACUGCCUGAGUUUUACAGCAUCCCUCAGGGUUACACUGUGGACAAGAGAGAGGGGUACCCGCUGAGACCAGAGUUGAUAGAGAGCGCCAUGUACCUGUUCAGGGCAACGGGCGACCACACCUACCUCCAGCUGGGGCUCGACGCUCUGGAGUCCAUCGAUAGGAUCGCCAAGACGCCCUGUGGAUACGCCAGCGUUAAAGACCUGCGAGAUCACCAGCUGGACAACAGGAUGGAGUCCUUCUUUCUAGCUGAAACCAUCAAGUACCUGUACUUGCUCUUUGACCCCACCCACUUCCUGCACGGUGGAGGGACGGAGGGGGACGGAACCUGGGAGGAGGGUGGGGAGUUGGGAGGGUGCGUGUUAGGGGCAGGGGGGUUCAUCUUUAACACGGAGGCGCACCCUCUGGACCCGGCGGCGCUGUACUGCUGCAGCCGCCACGACCAGGACCGCCAGGAGCUCAGAGACCUCCUCCUUAGCCUGUCGCAGCCUGGCAGCCAAUCAAAACCGCCUCCCAAACAGACAGAGGGCCAACCAGGCAGCCAAUCAGAGAGCAUUGCUCUGAAACCGGGAGAGAAGAAGACGCCUCCUCCGCUGUCCUGCCCCGUUCAGCCGUUCAGCACUCGACUCUCCAUCCAGGGACAAGUUUUCACUGACGGCACAUGAGGCUCUCCGACUUCCUGUGGGCUCCUCUCAGUGGGCAACUGUUUAAGGCUCCACAGCUCACUGAAAACAGAGUUAUGAGGUUUCCUAAACUGUUCAGACAUUCCUAAACAGAUCUACUGCAACACUGUGGUUUGGUUUUUGUAGAAGGAGCUCAGGACCAGUGAGCCCAGAACUUUACUUUUGUCAACUCAGAUGUAAUUUAAA